GCCGUGUCGGAGCCGGCCGACAAGCCCUCGGACCGCAUCGGCGGAUGGAAGAAGGGGCGGUUCCACUACUGCGGCGCUGGCACUAGAUAAGAUUAACCUUUGUUGGCUUCCUUUACUGUAUUCCCGAUUCUCGCCGGGGCUUGUCAUGGCUCCUUGCUGUCCUCAAGUUUGCCACUGACAAGUGAGUAACGGCGGUAUUUCCCCAACACUGAUCUCCUCCGCAUACUCCGCCCAUCCCGGACACCAUGGAAGACGUUGGCUACCGAUUGGAGGCGGUCAAGGCCACUCGAGUCCCGGCAGAGGACAUUGAUAAGACCUUCCGUUCGAGCUGCAUCGACCUUGUUUCCGCGGCCCUCGGCGGCAAGGUCUUGGGAUUCUCAGACCAAUGGUUCGCCGAGGCCGCAAACCUCAUCAACCCGGCCGCCCCUAUCCGCCAGCCAGGGAAGAUGGUUUACUCGGGUGCCUGGUACGACGGGUGGGAGACAAGAAGGCACAAUGCGGAGCCGUUCGACUGGGUUGUAAUUCGCCUGGGUGUCGCCUCGGGCACUGUCGAAGGCGUCGAGGUGGACACAGCAUUCUUCUCGGGUAAUCACGCCCCUGCCAUCUCGGUCGAAGGCUGCUUCAGCCAGAGCGAUGACGAGGUCCUCUCGUGGAAGGGCAGCCGUGGCGGCUGGGAGACCAUCCUGGGCAUCCAGGAGUGCGGGCCGUCACAGAGGUUUGGGUGGAAACUCGACAGUCCCACCGACAAGCAAUACACCCACGUCCGGCUGAACAUGUAUCCCGACGGCGGUAUCGCGCGGUUCCGGCUCUUUGGGCACGCCGUGCCGGUCUUCCCGGAAGACAAGGAGGCCAUUCUCGACCUCGCUGCUGCGCAGAAUGGCGGAGUGGCCGUCUCGUGCAGCGACCAGCAUUUCGGAAGUAAGGACAACCUAAUCUUGCCUGGCCGCGGCAAGGACAUGAGCGACGGAUGGGAGACCGCCCGGUCACGGACCAAGGGCCACUUCGACUGGGCCAUCAUCCGGCUAGGGGCGCCCGGGUACAUUCAAAACUUCGUCGUCGACACGGCCCACUUCCGGGGCAACUACCCGCAACGGGUGGAGAUUGAGGCGAUUGAGUGGAAGGACGAGGCCGAGCCGCCAGCAGGCGCCGAGGGUUGGGUGAAAAUGGCCGAGCCGAUCAAGUGCGGGCCCGACAUGGAGCACCAGAUUGAGAGCCUGGUCAGGAACAGAGCGUUUACCCAUGUGAAGCUCAUCAUGGUGCCGGAUGGAGGAGUCAAGCGACUGCGGGUCUUUGCCAAGCGGGUUGUCUGACACGGCUAAGCUGCUGGGAAGGCCUGAAAAUGGGCUGGGGGCGGCGCAGAUGAAGAGCCCAGACAGACUGCCGUCGGGUUCGAAGGAUGAACGAAUCAAAGUAUGGCAAGCUCUGGCAAGCCUCUGCAAUUUUAGAACAGAUACCUUAGGUAAACAUGAAAACAACGUUACCGAGAGACAGGGAAAUUGGCCUCAACGUUAUUCACUCUCUCCUCCCACAGUACCUACCUCACGCACUUCUGUACUGUGCACAUCACGUUCCCUUCGACGGCCCAGAGGCUAAACAAAACAUCU